AUGGAUUUGAAGAAAUUAUUUGAAAUGAUUUCAUAUUCCUUAUCAUUUGAUCAUGCUGGUGGUGUUAUUGCUAGCUCUCUGAUUGAAGAGCGUGAUGAUGAAAUUGAACGAAAAUAUGAGCCAAUUUUAAAAUUUCUUUCUGACAAACUUUCCAAACAUUGUGGGGAUGUAAAUUUGGAUUUCAUUCCUUUUAAAUUACAACGUGAUGGAAUAUGGCUUCCCAUUGCAAAUUAUGAACUCUUUCACUCAUCUUAUCAGAGUACUGACAAGAUUGUACUGCAUUCGAUCGUGUGGUCUCACCGAUGGUUUUUUCAAUAUUGCUCAUACUUUUAUCCUGUCAUUCAUAUGGAAGGAAACUUCUUCAAGGGCGAGAGUGCCAUGUCCAAAUUGUUCUUAUCAUCCUCUCAUUCAAUAAUAUUGAGUGACGAAGUGAUCAUAUUGCAAGAAAAUUUCACAAGAAUUCGAAAAAAGUUAAAGAAAUUGAAGAAAAUUGAAAUCUCUGAAAAAUAUACUCUACGAUAUUUGGAUGAGCAAUUUAUACAUAGAGAUCCAGAAAUUGAGAUCAUUAAUCAUCCCAUUCCAGCAAUCGUUGAAGAAGUAUUCAAUCAUCAGAUUGAAAGUUUUUUAUUCCGUAUUUGGUCCAAAGGUUUCCUUAACACCAAGGUCAUUCAAAAUUAUGUUUUUAGAUUACUCAUUUACCUUGACUCUCCAAGGUUUGAUUUUCACUGUAUCACGUUUCAUGAUACAGCUGCUGCCUCUUGUCCCAAUGCAGAGGCUACUACGGGUGUGGAAGAAUGGGUUCAAGAUUAUCUCUCCAAUCAGCCCCAAGACUCGGAAACUUUUUACGCAUUUGUUGAAGAAAAAGGAGCAUUAAGCGGAUACAGUAGUGGUCAAUCCGAUUAUUCAUAUGUGUACUUGUUAACACUCACAAAGUCGAAGGACAAGUGUCAUGUGAAACGAGUACAAUAUACCUUUUACCAUUAUAUGUGUCGAGGAAUGAUAUUAAGUUAG